AAAUGGCGCCGGCUCACGGGCGGGCUCGCGCGCUCUAGGCCCGGGCCUCCGGGGCGCUCUAUGGUCCCGAGGGUGUGCGCGCGCGCGCGUCCCUGGCGGGGCCUAGGCCGGCGCUGCUGGCAGUGGCGCCCGCUUCCUUCGCCUCCGCGGGUGGCUUCCCUCCUUCCUUCCGGCGCCGAGGCCGAGGCUCUCCUCUGAGAGAUCCCUCCAUUCUGAGGACCAAGAUCUAUUGGAAAUUUCCAGUGUCAAGACCUUGCGUCUAACAGCAACCAGACAAAGAGCCUUUACAGCAGUGGCACUAUCACUCUGGAAUACUCUGCCACCUGAAGUCCGUGCCUUGCGGGACUUACCAGCUUUCCGCAGGGCAUGCAGAGUAUGGAAGAAGCACACAAAACCAGUAACAAUUCAGCAACCUCUCCACAAACAGCAUUGUUACAAGGUACCACUCUCCAGGCCACUCAGCUUUCUCGUGUUUCUCAACAGAUGUCUCUUAGAGGUUCAACUCCUCUUGGAGCUUUCACAAAAUCUGUGCAACUUUGUGGGGAUCAAGUCCAGGGCGUCAUUCAUUCAGCUCAGGCCUCCUCGGUCAUUCAUUCACCCCAAGGGCAAUCGGCACAGGUGUCUUUGUCUGAAAGCGAUGACUCACAAGAUUCCUCAGAUAGUAUAGAUUCUUCACAGAAAGCCAGGGAUAUUCUUGUGCGCCGUCCAUCGUACAGAAAAAUCUUCAACGACCUUUCUUCCGAAGAUACACACAAUAGGAAAGGAGAUGAGGCAAAUCCAGGUGUCUCCACUGUCACGUCUAUGUCUGUCUCUGCACCUGUUUACCAGACCAGCACGGGACAAUACAUCGCCAUUGCUCCAAAUGGACCAUUACAGCUAAAUAGCCCAGGAGCAGAGAAUGUGCAGAGUUUGCAGACAAUUGCAAAUGCUGGUGGGACUCCGCUAUUACAGUAUGUGCAAACGUCCAACGGUCAACAGAUAUUUGUGCCAAGUAACCAGGUGGUAGUGCAAACAGCCUCGGGUGACAUGCAGACAUACCAGAUACGAAGCACCCCAAACACGGCUUCUCUCCCUCAGACGGUGGUUAUGACGUCUCCAGUCUCCUUGACAUCGCAGUCAUCCAAGACAGAUGAUCCACAAUUGAAACGAGAAAUUAGGCUCAUGAAAAACAGAGAAGCUGCUCGCGAGUGCCGCCGAAAGAAGAAGGAAUAUGUGAAAUGCCUUGAAAAUCGAGUUGCUGUCCUUGAAAACCAGAACAAAACCCUAAUUGAAGAACUAAAAACACUGAAAGAUCUUUACUGCCAUAAAAACGUGUAAGAAGAAGAGAACAAGGCCUUUUUUUGUUAACAUCAGAAUUUUCAGAGGGAUUUUUUUUAUAUUAUUUUUUAAAAUAUUAAGAUGGAAAGUCAAACGUGAGUUUCUUCUCCUCAGAUUCAUCAACCUAGAAAUGUAGGAUUUUAUUUAGAAGCCAUUUGUGCACAAAAGUGAAACAUGAAGCCUCUUGGAAGACUUCUGCUGGCACAACUGGAAUCGCCAUUACAUCGGAAUCAGUGGACAUGUGCAGAGAUGGGACUUCAGAUACAUUUGAUUGUAGUGCUCGAUCUUUUAUUUUCUGCUGUCAAAGUCUAUCGGUGUGUUUGGUCAGGUUCCAAUCUCUUACAUUUCUGAUGGUCAGUUAUCCUCAGCCCCUUCGCUUCUGGGCUCCUCUCUGCAGGUUGAACCCGUAGAUGGCAGCAGUGUUUGGCUUUGCUCCUGCCUGCCACCCGUGUGUUCAUUGAAUGCUUGAGAAAGGAUCCUGUCAGGAAGAGGGCUUUUCUAUUAUUGUAUGUAUAUAUAUAUAUUUUUGGCUUAACUGUAAAUUCUAAUCUGUGUGUCAAGAAGAUAGAGGCCACUACUUUGAUAGAAGUAUAUAUUUGCAUUUAACAGUAUGGUUUUUUAAAAAAGAAAUGUGUGCUGUGGUUAUCAGUGUUGGUAAAGGUAGUGGACUCUUUCUUCCCAGAAGCACAUAUAGACUGGUUAUGAAGGGUGUUUUCCCCUCUCAAAAACAGAUGACAUAUCACUGCUGAUACCAAUGUUUUGAUUUUUGUAAUGGCAGAACAGAAUUGGUGAAGAGCGCAGGUUGAGCAUUCCUUAUCCUGAAUUCCAGAAUCAUCUGUAUGGGUGGCUGAGAUAAAGACACUUUUGCUUUCUGAAAGUCCAGUAUACACCAGAUUUGUUUCCUGGACAAAAUUAUUGAAACUAUUGUGUAUAAAGUGUAUGCGAAACAAAUGAAUGUCAUGAUUAGACUUGAAUCCCAUCUCCAAAAUAUUCCAUUAUAAGUCCACAAUCUGAAAAUCUGAAAUGCAGAACAUUUCUGAUCCCAAGCAUUUCAAAUAAGGGGUGCCAACCUGUGUUUUUUUCCCCAAAGGGCUAUUUCUGUUUAGUCACUGAAUAGGAUUUCCCAUCCCCAGAUAAACAGAAAUGAUUGUUAAGUCAGCAGGCGUCAUAAUGUUUGAAGAUCUUGCAUUGCAGUAAACCCUCCUUGCUUGGCCCCAUGGUAAAACACAUUGACUGGAAACCCACUGGAGAGUUAAGCACCCUAGUUACAGACACAGGGACUCCCAGCUCGAAUCACCCAAUCCUUAUGAACUGGGAAGGAGCCACUGUGAUCAAUGAGGGUCUCUUCCCCUUUUGGUUGGGAGCAGAUACCUGACUUUCCCUCCUCCUGUGAGUGGUCCCUCCUGCCAGUUUUGCUCACAUAAGAUUCCCAUCCCUCCCAGUGGCCGCUCGCAGGUAAGUUUUGGGAGGCUUUCAGGGUCUCUAUCCCUUAAUCUAGGGGCUACACAGGGAUCAUAAAUACAGCACAAGUGCAGAAGUAUAGGCUUUGCAUUUGUAACUGCCCAACUGGAUUCCAGCCAACACAUUCAAAAUUAUAUACCAAAGGUAAAAAUCUUAACAUGUUAUAAUCAGUUAACAAGAUUUCAUUUGGAUUCUUGAUAGUAAUUUGUUAAAAUAUCUCCAGUUUUUAUAAAAUAGUAAUCCAGUUGAAGUAAGACACUGGAUAUAUUUUUUUAUAAUUGAAGUAUUACUUUUCCAAAUUCUAUAAAAUUGAGUUUAUAUGAAUAUUUUAAAUAUUUAUACACUUUCAUUAAAUAUUUUUUCCCUUUCAGAUUUUCAACUCUAUUUUUAAGAGAUGCUCAAGAAAACUAUUUCCUAUUUCUAUAUAUUUCAUUUGGCAUAGUUUAAUUAAGAGAGGAUCCUUUAUUGGUGUGCGCAGAAGAAUGCACAGGUAUCUGCACUCACUAUAAAGAUGUCAGGGAUGAUAAUAAUGUAAUUUUGGUGUCAUAUUUCUAGAAAUGUUAAAGGAUCUUUUGCUGUUCACUGGAUUCUUGACUACACAAUGACCAUUAAAUUAACAAAUAUUGCCUUACCCUACUUAAUGCUGAAUUGUUACAAUGGUGUCCUUUGAAAUGUUGCCAUUUACAUGUAAACUGUGCUAGUGCAAGCCAUGUUAGAAAUACUGGACAUCUUGAGAUUAUUAUGACAAUCAUUCCAAUGACAGUCUUAUUAAAUCAUUCCUUCUAAUACCAAA